AUGAACUUGUGGGCUACACGCAACUUCGUGUUAUAUGGUCGAUCAGCCUUUAUCGUUCAGAAACCAUUGGGUAUUUUAUAUUUCCGUUGUUCGAUUGGCUUUUGUUCGGGUGUUACUGCGACCUGCUCCUCAAGUACCGAUGCUGUUUCCCCUCCAAUCAGUCCGAUACAAUGCGAAGUCGGCAAGGAGCUAGAUCUAAUACACAUGAUCGAGAAGGUGGCAUUCUCUCACACCGACUAUGCUAAGGCCAUUGCCUAG